GAAAUGUGACACAGGCCUGGGUCCUUUAAGGCAUGCCUUCCCUGUCUGUGUGCACUACAUUGUGGCGUGUGAGUGUAUAUGCUAUUUUUUUGUGUGCGUGCUGGGUGGUGCUCAGGCCUCCGUUUUUACCAGGACGUCUGCAGCUGCUGUCCACUGGACCUGCAGCCCGACCAUGGCGGAUCAGUACCAGUACAACGCCACCGAGGAGAAGAUCGUGAAGGACAGCCACACCAAGGAGAUCGACCUCAUCAACAGAGACCCCAAGCAGAUCAAUGAGGAUGUAGUGAAGGUGGAGUUUGAGGAUGUGAUUGCAGAGCCCGAUGGAACACACAGCCUGGACGGAGUGUGGAAGCUCAGCUACACAACCUUCACCGUGUCCAAAUACUGGUGCUACCGCAUCUUGUCCGCCAUCUUCGGCAUCCCCGUGGCUCUGCUCUGGGGCUUCCUGUUCGCCUGCAUCUCCUUCUGCCACAUCUGGGCGGUGGUUCCCUGCAUCAAGAGCUGCCUGAUCGAGUCCCAGUGCAUCAGCCGCAUCUACUCCCUCUGCAUCCAGACCUUCUGCGACCCCUUCUUCGAGGCCCUGGGCAAGGUCUUCAGCAGUGUGCGCGUGGUGCUGCGCAAAGAAGUCUAAAGAACUCUACGCAGGGGUGUUUACAGUACGAUCGGAUGCAGUCCGGUAUCUUUUUAUACACCAGGAGAUAAAUCCUGUCGUCUUGCUUACUCCCUGAUACUCCUCCUGCAGGCACAUCAACUCGCUGCUCUCCACCCUCCCAUCUCCUAGCCCUCGGCUCGGAGUCCUGACAUGCCCGCUGUGCCUUUUGCCACCAGAUGCCUUGUGACAGCUGCAGCAGGCAGCGUGGUUCUGUGACAGCUCUGGCAGACCUGGAGGGCUCUGUGCUCCUCACUGUGGGAGGAGAGGGCCGUCGGCCUUUGCAGGAGGAUCUGUCCUCUCUCACUUAUUCACAUGACAAAAAGCUCCUGUUAAGUCCACUUCAUUCACAACAAAUGUAAUUAACUCCCUGAUUCUGCUGCUCCUCUGGACGAUGCUGCCUGUAUGCAUGACACAUUUGGCUAUAUUGAAAGUUAUAAGGAGGCUGUGUGUUGCUGUGUCCACCGUGUUUGACUUUAUAUUGACUGAGUUGAAUUUGACACUUUCAUGUCUGUACACUUAACCUUAUUUUAAAAACGCUAACAGAAUGAAAGGAGGAGAAAUGUUUUCUGAAUGUCUUUGAAUCUUGAAUCUUGAAUCUUAUUCAAUAUUGUCUGAUUUCUCCGUGUAUUAAAAUAUAUAUAUAUAUAUGUUCAGAUAUAUUUCCCUCUUAAUUUGUGACAAAUCAACAGUAACUAGCUGGGACAUUUUAAUCAAAGUGUGAUGGAUGUGGUAUUAAAUCUACAUGUAUGUAUAUUUCAGUUUGUUUAUAUGAUCAUUUGAAAGUAGAGUAUAUACAUUUUGUUGCUAUUGUACACUUACAGUGUAUAAAGUAAAAAAUAUGCAUUGGCUGAAACUUAGACCCUUAGACCUGAUGAUAAGUAUAUUGCACCACGGCCUCAGUGUUCGAUUAUAUGUUUGUCAUCUCAAAUCUUUUCAAGCAGCUUGCAACAGAUAUUAUUUAUGUUCACCGACAUAUUACUGCGGUCGUCCUGGAGGCACUGGCCUGUGAACUGGGACCGAUUAGAGCAGCGGUGUCAAACCCAUUUUAGUUAAUACGCCAAAGUGGGCUAGAGCAAUAAAACCAUUACAUCACAACCUGUAGAUAACAACACCACAAAAUGUUUCCCUUUAAAAGAGCACAGAGCAAAACAAACAAGCAGAAUUAGGAACAAUUUCAAACGAUUUGCAUGUUUAUUUCCAGAGAAUUUAUCAGUGACAGUCUCUGAAGAAGCAUUUUACAUGAAGUGGUCAACUUCAUGUCACAUCUUAGCGUUAACAAGUGCGACAAUAUGUCUUGAGAAAACAAUAUUAAACAUAAAUGUCUGCAUGUUUUUCCA